AUGAAAGUUCUUAAAUUUUAUUUAAUUUCAAGCUUAAUAAGUUCAAUAUUUUGCAACAUAGUUCCAAUUGCUUACAUCCAGGACACCACAGCACUAACAGAAGCAAUCUCAUCAAUUUGUGAGACAUUAUUUAUCGAAAAUUCAAUUCAAUUCACAACAUAUGUUUAUGGAUAUACAACAAGUCAAGAAAAUGACGUCAUUAAUGGCUUUCUACGUCGAGUCACUCCAAAAUUUCAAACUAGACUAAGGCACUUAAGGAUCAUCAAUGUAAGGCACAUGAUAUCAAUUUUUGGAUCGGCUGUGAUUUUCAUGCAAGACUUAGCAGCACUAGCAACAUUCAGCAUGAGCUCAAGGUUUGGCAGCAAUUUUCCGUUGGAUGUGAAAAUUUUAAUAUUUUUAUAUGACGAAGUUCAGUCGGUUCCAGUGCCACAACCUUUCCAAAAUGACUCUACAAUGUUGCUUCAUUAUUUCUAUUAUUUAAGGAAUGAGAAGGACAUGAUGACAUUUUUUACAAGCGAUGCCUUUACUUAUGGACGAUGUAAUCACCCAACUUUGGUAGCUUUAAAUGUGUUUGACAAAAAUGCUCAAAAAUGGCAAUCAAAAUUGGAAGGUCAUGAAAAGUUUGACAACUUUAAUGGAUGUGAGUUGAAGUUGGUUGAACUUUGGAGUCAAUUUUUGAGUUUUGAGUUCAAUAGUCCAGAAAUAAUGGAGUGCAUGACUGGAAACAGGAAAUAUGAAGAGUGUGUCGAGCUCUUGCGGUCUACAAAUGAGAAUAUUGAAGGACUUUAUGCUGAAUUGUUUAAAAUUUCAUCAAAACGUAGAAAUUUUACAUCAAAACUUCAAAUUGGCUUGAGAAGUGAGGAUGAGUCAUCAAAAAUUCCAAUUAUUCAGCUACAGACAGUUUUAAUGAAUCAAGGGUCACUCUUUCCUAUUGCUUACUUCCUCGAAUCAAGCUACAUGUUUGCUGUAACUCCAACUGAUGUCUAUUCAAAUUAUGAGAAGCUGUGGAAGCCUUUUGAUGAUGUCACGUGGAUUCUACUGCUGAUGACAUUCAUAGCUGCAUUUAUUGUCAUUUUUGUGGCUAAGUUCCUGACAAAUUCAGUCAGAAGAUUCAUUUUUGGACGAGAAGUUCUAACUCCAGCACUGAAUGUCCUUCAAAUUCUCUUUGGAAUAUCACAAAUUAAACUCCCAGACUCGUCAGUUGCUCGCUUUAUUCUAUUGCUUUUUUUAUUUUUUUGUUUGAUAUUUCGGACCUGUUAUCAGAGCAUGCUGUUUGACUUUAUGACAUCAGACAUGAGGAAGCCAAUGCCAAGGACAAUUGAAGAUCUAGUCACGAUGGAUUAUACGAUUAUAUCAUGCAGACAAGGACAUGAGAGAGAAGUCAGACACAUCUUUGAGCAUCUGAAUGGCUCAAAAAUCAAAAUAUAUCAAGAAUGCAACGAAAUUGGACAUUUGUAUUGUCAGCAUUACAACUCAGCAAGUCAGCGACUUGCAUUCUUCAUCGAAGACAAUCAAUUUCCAGUUUUCAAUGCAAUUUGUCACGGAUCAGCACUUAAAUUGAAGAACUUUCACUCAUAUCCAUCAUUGACGCCGCUGGUUACUGCUACAAAUAGUUUCAUGCAUCGAACAUUUAAAGAUGUUAUGGAAAGGCUUGUUCCUGCUGGAAUUCCUCAACAUUUAUACGAGUAUCAAGAGCUAAAGAUGUUUAAGAAGUACGAACCUGAAAAUCACAAAAAUCCAAAAGUUUUGACUGUCAAUGAUUUAUUGUUUGGAUUUGUUUUAUGGAUUAGUGCUUGUGGGAUGUCCAUUUUUGGAUUCUUGAUAGAAAUUAUAAGUCUGAAACUGAGACUGAUUUUUAGAAAUUUUAUAGGAUUUAUUGCCAUUUUAAAGCUGUUGCGAAAUGUUAGAUUUGAAGCUUUUUAA